GGGAUUAGUCAACCAAUACCGUGUUGCCGUUUGGGUCUUCGCAAACUGCAGAAAAUACCAAGUACACAUUAUUUAUGAUACAUGCAUUCAAAUUGCAAGUAUGGCUAUGUCGCAGUGUCUAGAGGAUUCACCGAGCUGGAGAAGGCCAGAGGUGCAACAGGAUUCAAACAUAAAAGAACUAUAUAAUGAAAGGCACCGACUUGCCUUGGAAACGCUGGUUUCUGAAGGAAUAGACUCCUUUACAGACUUUCUAAACAAGGAGAGAAUACCGAAUUUUCUAUCCGAUGACGAGAUCAAACAAAUCUCCCGUGCCGCAAUUGUACCGAGAUGCAUUUCCGUCGUUGGGGAUGAUUCACAUUUCGAUCAAUCCAGCACCUUGGACUGUUCGUCUGCCACGUAUUUCCCGGAGAUUUCCGACCUAGAGCCCCCGGUUUUGGAAAUGGGUUGGCCUGCUUUCACGACAGGAUCGUUCCGUGGAGUCACGCGUGCUGUAGCAUACUUCCAGCCAAGUUAUGGCGAAAGCAUUUACAGCUGUAAAGAAGCAGCAAGGAGGAUGAUAAAAAAUGCAAGAGAGGUGAUUGCCAUAGUAACAGAUUCGCUAACAGACUUGGACAUUUUCCAUGACCUGCAGGAGGCAUGCACCCAAAGUUGUAUCCCUGUAUACAUCCUACUAGAGCAGACAUCUCUCCCAGCAUUCCUGCAAAUGUGCAAAAACCUUAAUGUGCGACUUGAUGACCUCCAGCGUAUGAGAGUGCGGACCCUAACAGGUUCAAUCUACUACAUGCGAUCUGGUGCUCGUAUUACUGGGAAGGUUCAUGAACGAUUUAUGCUAAUUGAUGGGAACAGAGUGGCCACAGGCUCCUACAGGUUCAACUGGACUGAUGGUAAACUCAACAGUAGCAAUCUGAUUGAGCUAUCUGGCCAAAUCACAGAGAACUUUGAUGAAGAGUUCCGCAUCCUCUAUGCUCAUUCUCUCCCAGUCAACACAAGAUUAGCCGCUAGUGUUCAAAACAGUAGCAUCCAUAACUAUCUGCUACUCAAGCACCAAGGAACGCCAAUUUCCAAAGCAUCAUUCUCUAAACCAAUGUGCCUGACCAGCACACCCAACAGAGCUCAUAUCAAGCAGUCUGGGAAAGAAGGGGAGAUUGAGAGCAUUCCGGUAUCUGGCACCUUAACUAUUGAAGGGAAGCAGAUGGAGCAAGAUUUUGGACAUGAUUUGGCUGCUGCUGAAGAUAAUUCUCUGAAUUCUGAAAAAGUUGUCUCUGCUAACACUCUAAACACAGAAGCAGUGACAAAUUCGCCUAUCCUGUUCCUUCACACUUCCACACAGACCAGCUGCCUGAAUUUAGAUGGAAUAAUGCAGGUAAAAGCUAUCACCAUGCCUCUGGAUUCUUGCGCCAUAGCACUAAGCUCUGCCUGCAAUGAUGAGACAAGCAGCCCCAGCCAUUCAUCUGCCUCAAAAAACCCCACAGCCAAGGAUUGUUCUACUCAAGUAGAGGUGCAGCACUGCUCAUACAUCCAUCACACUAUUACUGCUAGAGGCAGCAACCUGAGGGACUGUGUCUGCAAACUGACCAAAGAACGCCAUUACCAUUUCUCUAUCAUUCGCGCUAAGCUAGACCACAUGAUAAUGAUGAUAUCCCAUGGGAGGGAGCAGGUGGAUCUUGCUGGUCAGCACAGGGGCUAUAAGAGUCAAGCAGAAGGCAGAAAGCUCCAUGGGGCGAAGGACAGUGUGUUGGUUGGGAUGUGGCCAAGGUCAAGGUGUCUGCAGUGAAGGGGAGAGAGGGAAGUAGAGAAGUCGUCUUUAAAUUUUGACAGGUGAACAAUAGUUUGAUUGACAGGUCCCCCCCUCAUUAUUAUUCAACCCCCCUCUAAUUAGGAAUGUGGGAGCGUGAUAACGUGGUCUAGAGACCCCCACACCCCAGUCCCACCCACUCCCUCCUCCUCAUUGUUUCCCUUUGUGAUUUAAGGCCUGAGGGUUUACGUGGUGAAUGAAUGCUCAGAAAAAUAAUCCGAUGGCGUCCGCUCCUAAAAGUCCUGGGGUCAUCUGUGAAGUACCGGUCAUGACAAUUCAGGAGUGCCAAUUGUGGUACACGCCUAAGAAAUACAUUGUGCACCUGCAGAGAUCCCAUACGGCACUGUCAGGGCCACUUAGUGUGGAAUGCAGUUUGGAAUUUGGUGGGAUGAUAGGUUGUGUUUAACUAUGCCUUAGACGAGCUUUGUGUUUAUCAUCUGGAGGACAGUGAAACUUUUGGUCCUGACACUGUAAAAAUUACUCUCAUAUCUAAUGACUGGGGUGUAUUGAAUCUCCUGGUGGCAGAAUGUCUCAAAGUAGAGCAAUUUAUGGGUCUGCAAUGCAGAAAAGAGAACGUUAGUGGUGAGAGAGGACCACAUUGUUCCUGGCUCUGAAAUCGGUGAGGACAAGCAGGAAAAUGACAAGGUGAACACUGUAUACAAGACUUUCAGAGCCAUGUGGGAGAGUAAGAGUGACCCCGCUGGUUGCUGGUUCCACCAUACCAGCUGCCUGAUGACCUGUGAAAAUGAACCAGUUUGUCAUUGAACACUUCAGUUCAGAUUGCAGAGUGUUUCAGACCACGUCAGAUAUCCCUAUCACUGCAUGGAUAAAGAUGCUUCAGGAGAAUGUGGGCAAAAUCACAGCUCCUGUUUCAUCAUAGUUGAUGUUAGAAGGAGAGUGUGGAAUUGCAAAGAAACUUUUUUUUUUUGGUAGGUGUGUACCAUCACCCUGCCCGGUCCAUGUCAUUGAUAACAAGGCUUGGAGCGGCUGACAGGCAGCAAUGGCUUUGGCGGGGGAUUCCAUCACGUCGCUACAUUUAGUGGAUUACUGGACUCCACUCGCAACGCUCCAUUCUCCCUCAGGCGGCGAUCGAAACGCCUCCUGGCUCUCCACUCUUAUUAGAACCAUCAUCUUCACCUCCAAGUUUAGCAGUGUCAGGAUUCCCACCAUCUGCUGGCUAUUCAGCACGUGGAUCCCCCAGCUCUAUGUGUGCAGAACAGAGUGAUGAACCAGACAGGCUACUGUCGUCUGUAUUUUUGGAUGCAGUGAAAUCAGCCUUUUAUUUAUUUAUUGGCAUCAGCAUGAAACAAAUCUAGAAGAAACAUCUGCAAUGGAUGUCAUAUCAAUCAUUCCAGUCAGAAACGGCAUGAAUGUUUAGAGGAAAUAUCCAAGGAUGUUGAGUGAAGCCACUUUGACAAGUUGAUAAAGACACUUUGGACCAACCGCUUUAUUCUGGCCAUCCUGUAACUGGACUUGCACUGCAUCAGAACCUGCAAAUCCAGAGUCCAAGGCAUUACAGAGGCCUUUCUAUAUGAACUAAAACAUGGCCAACAUUGUGGAGAGGAUUGAUGAGAUUAAUGUCUCGCUCCUCUCCGAUCUGUGAAUCAGGAUUGAAAAACUGAAUAAAGCUGUGCAGUACUGGAAAGGAGCUGACUAACUUUUCAGUGGUGACAAAAAAAAGGUAAUUGUGGAAGAAAAGUUUUCAGAGUUGUAGAGGAGUUUGUUUUUUAAAUGUCCAAGUUAAGUCACAUAUCAUUGAAAACAAUGCAAAUGAUGUUUCAAAGUAUAAAGGCAGGACAAGGGUCAGGGAUGUCACUAACUAGGCUGGAAGAAAUUUUGGAUAUCAUUAGGUCACAGUCUGUAUACACACUUUUGGUAAAUGCUUGUGCAAAUAUUCAAUUCACCACCUGGUACAUUUUGUAAAAUCAUUAAACUUGGGUGUCUCAAAAAUAAAUGUGUAUCAUGUGUUUAACCUGUCUGCUUUGUUUGUCCACGGUGAGUUACCACAUUAAAAAUAAUCAGUCUGGGACUUGGGUGAUUUGCAAACAUUGCAUAGUGUUAUUCGUUGUAAAAUUGGUACCGUUGUUUUCUCAAGACUUAAAGGCAAUAGUAUAAAAAAAAAGUAAAAAUGUAUACUAUGUAAACACAGGGUUCAAACAUCUUGCUCUUUAAAACGUAUAGAUUUUGAUUUUUAAACAUCUUGUUCUUGAAAGAAUGUAGUUUUUGUAUUAUUGGAAUAAAACAUUGAUUUUA